GUCCUCCUUCACAAGUGACACACCGGUUAACUUCCUCUAUUUCACAUUGUGGCAUGGCCCUCGGUCUGUUGUCACCAGGAAAUAAAUGACUGACUGUAUUGUCUGUAAUGUGCCUCUACGGGUUGCUGUGGCGACGGCGUUGCAGUCUCUCAAGGCAUUCUUCUAUACUUCGGUUUGGGGAAACUGCCGACCGGAAAGACAACUCAGCACGAUGGGUCGUUGUUUGUGAAUGGUGCUUUCAGAUGUGGGAAUGGAGACCAAACCCAUUUCUAACCUUUGAUAUCACCAUGGAGCUAAUUACAUAAUGGCGACAUUGAAAGAAGUGGAUCAUACAGCUGUGGAUGGAUCAGAAGAGCAGCUGCCAACACAGGAGGAAGCAGUUUGGGAGCAGACACCAGAGAGGAGACAUGUUGAUGUCCUUCUAGAUUUGAGUGAGGAGGACUUCAUGAAAGAGCUGGAGCCACACAAGUAUCACUGUUACUCUGGUUGGGAAGAAGCUGUUCAUGGUUGGGCCAGAGUUUCUCCACUGAGCUGCAUACUUUUGACUCAGAAGGGGGACAAGAAAUCAAAGCCGGCUGACAACCCGACUGCCUUGCCUGCUGACCCAACACUCCCCGAUGCGAACGGCUCGACCAGCAUGGCAGAGCACCGCUGUGAGUCUCGUGUGGGCCUACAGAACAACUUGAAGAAAUCCAUCCCAUUAAACCAGCAUACACGAUCGGUGGCAGCUAUGCAGAAAGAUGGUUCAGAAUGGUCUGUCCUGAAUUCAAUGCAGAAAACCACUUCAAAACCUCUACUCAGAGAAAAGCUAGAGAAGGAAGGGACGUGUUUGCAGCCUCACCAUCUCCCCUCAAGAUACUCGGCCAACAGAGCCACUCAGACUCAGAAACACAGGUGUACGGUGGUUCCUAUUCAAAACUUCACCUUUUUACCACCAAUUAUAUCGCCAUCCCUGAAUCCUCAGAGAGUCGGUGGCCAGCUCUGCAGUGGCAAGAAGGCUCAAGAAGGAGAAACCACAGAGGAAAACAAUUUCAUCUUCGAUGCGAAGAGCGGGACCAGAGGAUCUAGAGUGGACCAUAUUGCCAACCCAGAGCUGCCCACUUACUCUGCAGUCCUGACCUCCAAGUACUGGACGUGUCCGCACAACCCCCACUUGUUCUCUGCUGUGAGUGUUUCUAUACCCGAGAGGUAUCAUGUACCUGUGUCUUCCAAACCUGACACAGUGCACCGCACAAGCUACUCAGCGGCCAGGAGCCUCACGCAGGCCCUCCUCUCCAGCACUGCCUCAGGCGCCCAUUUGUACCCAAGCAAGACUGUGUGUUUGUAGUAUGCAAUCAUUUGAACUUCUCCGGUUCAACAAAGUAAAAACAACCUGUUUUAUCUUUGUUUUUAAUCGCGAAUGCCUCAGACUCACCACAUUUUACAAUGUAUCCAUUAAAUUAGUUGAAGGAAUAAAUCAAGGCAUGAGACAUGUUCAGAGUAACUAACCGCUAAAGAGGUCAUUUCUUUAGUUUGGCAUAUUUCAGAACAUACUAACCAUAACAGUUAAGUGAACAGAUCAUUGCAUGUGAAGCUAUAGUGUCCUUUGCGCCUUUGUUUUUUCUGACCAGUUCCCACAAGUGCUUUUUCAACUGUUCUAGUUACCUAGCAACAGGGCAGCUACCUCAUAAGAAACAUGACAGUGCGCCUGCCUCACACUUUCUACCAUUUAAACCACAGCCCCGAGCUACAGAGCUGCAAGAACGUACGUGUUGCAUUGUAGCCUGUGACUCUACGUGAUAAUGGCAUAAACUGUUGCCAAACUACUGCUUCUGCUCUGUCAAAUGUUAUUGUAUCCAACUUAAUAAAGUAGGUGAUUCCUGAUGAUUGUGAGGGUUCUCUGAUAUCCAAUGUACAAGGCUAUCAGAGCAACAUUAUGCCGAGAUCCUGAAUACUGUUUGUCAUGUUGGUCUCUAAAGGCCAGCUAACAUUAUUUACAACUGGUACAUUGCUUUGUUUACAUUAGGAUGAUCUUGUUACAUUGCUUUAUUUUUUAUUUUUUUAUACCUCUGUUGUUGAGCUGCCCUUAUUAAAUGAUCUGUUUAGUGGGAUUGUUCUAUAUUUAAAAGAGCUGUGUGACGGUAAAAAUAUGUGUUGUUUUGUGAACUGGUUCAAGGGCAGAGCAAUAGGGAGGAUGGGGAGGAGGACAGAUGGCCAUAUGCCUUAUCGAAAACCAAUACACUCUGUUCUUUGUUCUUCUCAAUUCUUAUCCAAGACAUUCACACGGUUUCUUCGUUUGUCGUCAUAGUGGGCCCUGGAGGGGGGUGCAUGUGCUUGUAUAAAUCACGAUGUAAUACAAUGUAUGAAUCAAGAGAUUUCGGCAGCUCACUGAGAUACGUGGCUGUUGAACCCUUUUCCCAGCUUGCAAGCUUGAAUAAACGGAAAGACAACUUU